AUGAUUCGCAAUUCGGCGACCAGGGCGUUAUCUCGCCAGGCGCAGGCUUUUACAAAAGCUGCCACAAGACCCCUCCAUACUACAACACCGGCCCCAGCUGUAUCUUUUUACAGGUCUCUGCGAUCACAGAAGAAUGAACAAUUGAGAAACCAGACUACGUCUACUGCUGCCUCCACGAGACCUGUUCCUUCACCCUCUUUCCAGCAAGAUGCCCCUCCUGCAAAGGCAGAUCAAUUACACCCUCUGCAGGAUCAGAAGCAGCCGGAAUACGAUGAAUCCUUUGUUGGCAUGACUGGAGGAGAAGUUUUCCACGAAAUGAUGUUAAGACAUGAUGUCAAGCAUAUCUUUGGAUACCCUGGUGGAGCCAUUCUCCCUGUCUUCGAUGCCAUCUACAACUCGAAACACUUCGAUUUCAUUCUCCCUAGACAUGAACAAGGUGCUGGUCAUAUGGCCGAGGGUUACGCUAGAGCUUCUGGCAAGCCGGGCGUCGUCCUCGUCACUUCCGGACCUGGUGCCACCAACGUUAUCACCCCAAUGCAGGAUGCUCUGAGCGACGGAACUCCACUGGUCGUCUUCACUGGUCAAGUACCCACCACCGCUAUCGGAACGGACGGAUUCCAAGAAGCCGAUGUUGUUGGAAUUAGCAGAGCAUGCACAAAAUGGAACGUCAUGGUCAAGAACAUCGCUGAGCUUCCAAGACGUAUUAAUGAAGCGUUUGAGAUCGCUACAUCCGGUCGUCCUGGCCCCGUUCUCGUCGACUUGCCAAAGGAUGUCACUGCAGGAAUUCUAAGAAAUCCUAUCCCAAUCCGAUCAACCUUACCGUCGUGCCCAUCCGCUGCUUCCCUCGCCCUACAGGCUGAAAUGAAGAAGCAACUUGAAUCUUCUUUGAAGAGGGUCGCCCGCCUCAUCAAUAUCUCCAAGAAGCCCGUCAUUUAUGCUGGACAGGGUAUUCUUGCUAGACCCGAGGGCCCAGAACUCCUGAAAGAACUCGCCGAGAAGUCCAAGAUUCCUGUUACAACCACCCUCCAGGGAUUGGGAGCUUUCGAUGAGCUGGACGAGAAAAGCUUACACAUGCUCGGAAUGCACGGUAGUGGUUAUGCCAACAUGGCUAUGCAAGAAGCCGAUGUUAUCCUUGCUCUUGGUGCUAGGUUCGAUGAUCGUGUGACUGGAACUAUCCCCAAGUUUGCCCCUGCAGCCAAACUUGCGGCAGCUGAAGGCCGUGGUGGUAUUGUUCAUUUUGAAAUUAUGCCCAAGAACAUCAACAAAGUCGUUCAAGCCAACGAAGCCAUUGAGGGCGACGUCGCAGACAAUUUGAAGCUACUCCUCCCACAACUCGAAGCCGUUGAAUCCCGCCCAGAAUGGUUUUCUCAAAUUGCAGACUGGAAAAAGCGUUUCCCCUUCAACUACGAAAGGAAUCUCCCCAGCGGCUUGCUGAACCCUCAGACUGUCAUCGAAGAGUUAUCGAAUUUGACUGCCCCUUACAAAGAGAAGGUUGUUAUCACAACAGGUGUCGGACAACAUCAAAUGUGGACUGCUCAGCAUUUCAGGUGGAGACAUCCAAGAUCUAUGAUUACCUCCGGUGGACUUGGAACCAUGGGAUAUGGUUUACCUAGUGCCAUUGGCGCGAAGGUUGCAAGGCCUGAUGCUGUCGUUGUCGAUAUCGAUGGCGAUGCUAGCUUCCAGAUGACCCUUAUGGAAUUGGCUACUGCUGCACAGCACAACAUUGGCGUUAAAAUCAUUGUUCUGAACAAUGAGGAGCAGGGUAUGGUCACACAAUGGCAGUCCCUGUUCUACGAAGAUCGAUUUGCACACACCCACCAAGGCAACCCAGAUUUCGUCAAAUUGGCUGAGGCUAUGGGACUCAAAGCCCUCCGUGUGUCAAAACCCGAGGAGCUUAGAGCUGGCAUGACAUCCUUCUUAGAAUACAAUGAUGGCCCAAUCCUGAUGGAGGUUAUCACAGACAAGAAGAUCCCCGUCUUGCCUAUGGUUCCCGGUGGAAAGGCUCUACAUGAGUUCCUUGUCUACGACUCCGCCAAGGAGGCAGAGAGACGAGCCGUCAUGAAGAAGAGAUCUGGCCAUUAA